GGGAUAUAUUGAUUUGUUGAAAGCUUUUCCUUAUUUUGGUAACACUCAAUUGCAAGUACUAUGUGUUCUUGCAAGUCUACUUCUACUUGCUUCUGAUGCAUUAACAUGCUGGGCCAUCCCAGAAAAAGUAAAUAAAGACAAUUCAAGCACAUCAACAUCAAUAUGGUCGUCUGUCCUAGAAGUAUCUUAUUCAAUUGCAAAAUCAUUUAAUACUCUUCCAAAACAAAUUCAGUUACUAUGCAAUGUUCAAUUAUUCGCUUGGAUGGGUUGGUUCCCAUUCUUGUUUUAUUCAACAACUUGGGUAGCUGAACUUUAUAUUCAUACAAGACAAACACAACCACCUUCUUUAGAUUUAAGAGAAGAAGGUGAAAGAUCUG